GCAAAUAAUACUAUGGAGAAGAGCCUCGAUGAUAAGGAUUCCGAUGCCACAUCUUCUCGACUUCAAAAUACAUACGGCGAAGAUAACUUGAGGUUUACUCACAUCCACUUACCAGCUACAAAUAUAUGUAUCCCCGAACGUCCUAACUAGGUAGUCAUGACUAACCAAGGAUAUAUUAGUUGGAUGAAGGACUUAUUGUUGAGAAUCAUGGUCGAUGAAGAGAUGGAAAGCACUGUGAGAUACCCUGAGGUUAGCUCAUUUUUGAAGAGUACUUGGUGUGAAAUCCCAGAUCGGACUUCUGAGUCACGGUUUAUGAGGCCGCAGUUUGCAGAGAAGGUACCAAUUGCAUCCACUAGAAAGAGACAAGAUGAAAAACAUAGAGGGACAGCUGCAAAUAACUUUUACUCUUACUCAGACUUUGAUCUAAAUAAUUAUAGAUGCCAUUCAUAUAGUUUGCAACACAAACCGAAGACCUUAACAUUUCUCGCCAGGGGCCAGCUGGGAAAUCCAGAAGACUAAUAGAAGCUUAUAAAGGUUCAGUCGUCCAUAGCUCUGUGAC